CCGUAUUUCCUUGAUCCCGCUCACACGGCAACCGAUUUCGGUUCUGCAGGUUAGCCAAGCAAGCUAUCUCGUAAGCCAACCCGCGUGUGCGUCCGCCCACCUUCUGAAGGCUCGUCAGGCUGUUCCGCCGACAGAUUUUCUUUCAGCUUCUUGAAUCAUAUAAAAGAACCCGUCGCGCGUUGCUUGUGCUUUUUUUGGCGACUGCGGCAAGAGCCUUCCGCCUGAACGCAGUUGAUCCAGGCACCUUAGGACGUUCCGGCGGAAUCGUUUUAUCCAGCCAACAGGACACGUUUUGUGAGCUCCGCUUAUCUUCUCGUCGUCUCAGCCAUUACUGCCAGACAUUUCAAUAGAGUUUUUUAGACUCUUAGCGUCGGCUGAUCAUGGGGACCGCAGCGCUGGCUUCGCCUCUUUCCCGGCUCCACGCUACCGUGGCGCUAUCGUCUGGUUCCGAGAGACGAAACUUAAGCCCCUCAUCCAUCGCCUACGCGUCGUCUCAGGGGACGUUCUUCAGCGGCAACGGCGCUAGCAGAGCCGCCUUUCUCUCCGCCUCCCAGUCGCGGGGGGAAAGGCGGAGGGGGAACGCCCUUGUGGUCCGCGCAGAUGCGGACUACUAUUCGGUGCUGGGAGUGGAGAAGAAUGCGGACAAGUCACAAAUAAAGAGUGCGUAUCGGCGCUUGGCGCGCAAGUAUCACCCUGACGUGAACAAGGCACCAGAGGCUGAGACCAAGUUCAAGGAAAUCAGUAACGCGUAUGAGGUGCUAUCUGACGACGAGAAGCGUUCGUUGUAUGACAGAUUCGGAGAGGCGGGAGUCAAGGCGGCGCUGGCUCGGAGUUCAACAAUCCCUUUGACCUGUUUGAGACCUUCUUUGGAGGGCGGGAUGGGCGGCAUGGGAGGGAUGGGCGGCAUGGGCGGCAUGGGGGUCUCGACGCACUGCCCCUGUGCAAGGGGAUGACGAGAGAUACGACCUGACCAUUGAUUUCCUGGAGGCGGUGUUCGGCUCGGAGAAGCAGAUCGACGUGUCGCGCAUGGAGGCGUGCGGCACGUGCAAGGGUCGGGCGCCAAGGCGGGCACCACGCCCACCACCUGCUCCUCCUGCAACGGCCAGGGGCAGGUGGUGUCCGUAGCCAACACGCCCCUGGGCAUGUUCCAGCAGGUCACCACGUGCCCACGGUGCGGGGGGAGUGGAGAAAUUUCUACUCCCUGCCCCACCUGCAGUGGCGGCGGGCGCGUGCGCAAGUCCAAGCAAGUCACUCUCAAGGUGCCAGCAGGAGUGGACAACGGCAGCCGGCUGAGAGUGAGGGGGGAGGGCGACGCGGGGCUGAGAGGCGGCCCCCCGGGGGACCUCUAUGUGUUCCUCUCGGUGCGCCCCGACCGCGAGCUCGAGCGCAAGGGGGCCGACAUCCUACAAACCCUAAAGGUCUCGUACCUAGAGGCGAUCCUUGGCACGACUAAGCAGGUCCGGACGGUGGAUGGGCCGGUGGAUCUGAAGGUUCCGGCCGGGACGCAGCCUGGGAGCACCCUUGUGAUGGCCAAGCGCGGGGUGCCGGUGCUUGGGAAGCCGAAUUUGCGCGGGGACCAUCUGGUGAAGGUGCAAGUGGAGAUUCCGAAGUCGCUGUCGGGUGAGGAGAGGAAGCUGAUUGAGCAAUUGGAGGAGAUGAGCAAGUCCAAGGCGGGGUCACGGUGACUGUAGAGGGAGGAUGAUGAUGGGUGGAUGAGAUUGGAAUGUGGAGCAUGCUAGAGAGGUGAUAUUGAUUUUGGGUAGUACGUGUUAUUUAGCUGGAAUGAUCUCGUUUCUCCAGAUCAUUAACGAGAUUGAUUAAUGGAAACGCUUGAAGUAAAC